CCUUGCGGACAAAUUGUUCAUCAGAAAAUUAUUCAAACAUGCCUAGGAGAACCAAAAGUGACAUAGAAAUCACAAUGGAAGAUGUGGGAAUCGAAAUUGAUGGACACGUGGACAGUGACAGUGAUGAAGACACAGGGAGGCCUGGGCGACGGGGCAACAGGCGGCAGCAGAGGCCUAACAACAACAGAAACAAUGGCCGAGCCAGGAGAGCGGCCAGCGAUGAUGAAAGCGAGGAGGAAGAGGAGGAGGAGGAAACUCCUAGAAAGAGGAGAGUGAACAGGAAGAAGCCAGCGAAGGUAGAGGACAGCGAUGAGGACAGCGAAGAGGAGCAGACGAGCAAGAGGAACAACAGAAAGGCUGGAAACAAGAAACAGAAGGAAGAGUUGAACAAAAAAGAGAAGAAAGCAGAUGCAAAGGGAAAAGACAAGAACAAAGACAAUGAAAAGAACAAGAAAAAGAAAAAGAACAACAGUAGCUCCUCCUCUUCCUCAUCUGACUCAUCUGAAGAAGAGUCUAUGUCUGAGGGGGAAAUGGCCAGGCUCAUGGAGGAGGUGGAAGAGAAGAAGAAACUCAUCUCCAACAUGAGGAACAAACCCUGGAGAAUGAAGAGACGACUGGCGGCAUUAAAAGAAGCCCAGCAAUUUGUGGAAAAAUUUGAAGGAGCUCUGGGAAAGGGCAAAGGAAGAAAAUUGUAUGCUUAUAAAGUGAUGAUGACCAAGAAAUGGAUCAAGUUUAAAAGAGAUUUUGAUAAUUUUAAGACUGCGUGCAUACCUUGGGAAAGGAAGAUUAAAGAAGUUGAAAGUCACUUUGGGUCCUCCGUAGCCUCGUACUUCAUAUUUCUGAGGUGGAUGUAUGGGAUGAAUUUAGUCCUCUUUGGAUUUACAUUUGGACUGGUGGUAAUUCCUGAGGUCUUGAUGGGACUGCCUUAUGGAAGUAUUCCCCGAAAAACUGUGCCAAGAGCUGAACAACCUACUGCUAUGGACUUUUCUGUCCUUUGGGAUUUCAAUGGCUAUGCUAAGUACUCUGUUCUUUUCUACGGUUAUUACAACAAUCAGCGGACAAUUGGAUUCCUGAAAUUCAGACUGCCUUUGUCAUAUCUGAUGGUCGGGGUUGGUACUUUUGGGUACAGUCUUAUGGUUGUGAUACGAACGAUGGCCAAGAAUGCCAAUGAAAGUGGAGGGGAUGGUGAAGAGGGAGAAUUCAAUUUCUCCUGGAAGAUGUUCACCAGUUGGGAUUACCUGAUUGGCAACUCAGAAACAGCUGACAACAAGUUUGCAUCCAUCACUACCAGCUUUAAGGAAUCUAUUGUGGAUGAAGAGGAGAAUCAGAAAGAUGAAAACAUCCAUUUGAGAAGAUUCCUUCGUGUUUUAGCAAAUGUCCUUAUCUUAUGUAGUCUAGGAGGAAGUGGUUAUCUGAUUUAUUUUGUUGUCAAGCGCUCACAGGAGUUUGCUAAAAUGGACAACGUAGGGUGGUAUGAAAAAAAUGAGGUUGAAAUUGUGAUGUCACUACUAGGAUUGGUCUGUCCUCCACUCUUCGAAAGCAUUGCUGAGCUAGAAGACUACCACCCACGCAUUGCACUGAAGUGGCAACUAGGCCGAAUAUUUGCCCUUUUCCUUGGAAAUUUGUAUACCUUUCUUUUUGCAUUGUUCGAUGAGGUGAAUCAAAAGCUAGACGAGGAGGAGUCCAUAAAGAAUGCCACUAUCUGGGCGACAAACAUGUAUUACAGCAAUUACACUGGAAACUCAACUGCAGUGACUCCCCCGCCCAUUAACCCUGCAGAUGUCAUCAGAGGACCAUGUUGGGAGACCACUGUUGGAAUUGAGUUUGUCAAGCUCACUGUUUCUGACAUACAAGUGACGUAUAUAACGAUCUUGGUUGGAGAUUUCCUAAGGGCUGUGAUUGUGAGAUUCCUGAAUUACUGCUGGUGCUGGGACCUGGAAGCUGGCUUUCCAUCUUAUGGAGAGUUUGAUAUAAGUGGGAAUGUGUUGGGGCUCGUCUUCAACCAAGGAAUGAUCUGGAUGGGAGCCUUCUAUGCCCCAGGGCUUGUUGGAAUCAAUGUGCUCCGACUGUUAACUUCCAUGUACUACCAAUGCUGGGCUGUUAUGAGCUGUAAUGUUCCUCAUGAACGGGUCUUUAAGGCAUCGAAGUCUAAUAAUUUUUACAUGGGACUAUUGUUGCUAAUUUUAUUCCUAAGUUUGCUACCAGUGGUUUACACGAUAAUGACCUUGCCACCGUCAUUUGACUGUGGACCUUUCAGUGGGAAGAAAAAAAUGUUUGAUGUGAUUACGGAUACUAUUGAAUUAGACUUCCCUGCUUUCAUGGGUAAGCUCUUCAGCUAUGCAGCCAACCCAGGACUGAUAAUCCCUGCUGUUUUGCUCAUGGUACUGGCUAUUUAUUAUUUGAAUUCUGUUUCAAAAGCAUAUCAGAAUUCGAAUAUUGAGCUUAAAAAGAAGAUGCAAAUGCAAAGAGAUGAAGAGAAGAACAGAAGGAACAACAAAGACAGUACAAAUUCAGUAAUGAAAGAUCUGGAAGACCUGUUACCCAAUAAGUCUAUGAUUGCAAAUAAAGCACCGGAUAACAGUGCGAUAGAUAACAAGAAAGACCAAGGAAACUCUCAGAAAGUGACAGGCAGACCAGGAGCAGCGGCCCCUAAGGGAGCUGGCGUGAACUUACAAAAGGAGGUGUCUCUUGCAGCUCCAAACCCACGCAUAGCCGUUACAAGGCCACCUGGUCCCCGGGCUCCUAGACCUCUUCCUGGAAAUCCUCGACUCGCUCCCCCCGGGCCAUAUGGCAGAGGCCCCCCACCACCGAGAAUGGGCAGAGGCCAGCCCAGAAGGCAAUAACUACACCAGUGUUGCUCAAGGGGG